CAGUUCUCUGUGCGCUCCCAUUCAUUUCCUGAGAACUGCCUGAGCCGAGCAGCUGAGAGGCAGAAGGGGAGGGAGCUGCUCACUCACAUACACUCACACUCACACACAUUGUCACAUACACACACAUACACACACACACAAACACACGUACAUACACGCAGAGUGAGAAGAGGAGAGGAGAGGGAGAGGAGGAGAGGAGACAGAGAGGAUUGUAGAAAGGAAAACAGUCUCCACGGCUCUGCAGCUUCUGACAAGGCAGCCUAAGAAACAGGAUGUUAAUGCUUGACGGAAUGCCUGCAGUCCGAGUCAAAGCUGAGCCCCUGGAAUCGGAACAAGGGUCACCUAAAGUGCGCCCUUAUUCUGCGAUGGACGGCGUCCCCUUCUUCCUCAGCAGAGUUAAACCCGAACCUCCAGAAGACCUGCUCGCUCACGACCUGCACUUCCACACACAGACCGAGCCUGUUGACCUGUCAAUCAACAAACCCCGCCCUUCCUCUUCAUCCACCACCCCUACCACCACUUCAUCAUCUUCCCCUCUCAGAUCUGCUUUCUCCCCGUCUUCUUUAUCGUCGUCAUCCUCCUCCUCCUCCUCUCCAUCGGUUAUCACCUCAGCCUCAUCGGUGCUCACGCCAGGCCCUCUGGUUGCCCCCGGAACGGGGGUCAGAGGUCAGCCGUAUUUGCACAUCCUGCACUCUGUGCCGCCGCCUCCAUCCAGCCCUCUGAGCCUGCAGGGAGCGGGGAAGCUGGCCAGCCAUGUUCACCGCAUCCCUGUUGUGGUACAGUCACUGCCUCUCAUGUACACCACUGCCGUUCGAUCACCCUCCAGCCUCAACAACGCCAUCAUGCUACCUCUGCUGGACGAGGUCAAAAAACAGGGCAAAGCACACGCAGACCCCAACGGCCUGUCGCCAAGGCAGAUCAAGAGUGACAGCGAUGAUGACGACUUGCCAAACGUGACCUUGGAUAGUGUUAAUGAGACCGGCUCCACUGCGCUGUCUAUAGCCCGCGCUGUACAAGAUUCCAUGUCCCCGUUCAGUAUCGACAGCAUACGGCGCCCCCGGAGGUCAGAGUCACCAGAUUCCAAAAAGAGAAGAAUCCACAGAUGUGACUUUGAGGGCUGCAAUAAGGUGUACACCAAAAGCUCCCAUUUAAAAGCACACCGGAGGACGCAUACAGGGGAAAAGCCAUAUAAAUGCACCUGGGACGGCUGCACGUGGAAGUUCGCCCGCUCCGACGAGCUGACGAGGCAUUACAGAAAACACACAGGGGUGAAGCCCUUUAAGUGUGCAGACUGUGACCGCAGCUUCUCCAGAUCUGACCACUUGGCCCUGCACCGACGGAGACACAUGCUGGUGUGAAUCAGACGGAGAGAAAAAGAGAUAUGGAGAGCGAAAGAGAGAGAGAGAGAGAGAUCAAUGGAACAGACACACACAAACACAGGCAGCCAGGGGAGCGGGAUCUCCCUUUGAAUGUUUUUCAGCUGGCCUGGACGCACGCGCACACACACACACACACACACACACACACACAGACACAGACGCACACACACAUCUGUCACAGGGAGAGGAGAUAAAGAAGAACACAAAACAGGGUCACUUCUGGAUCCUCUCUGGGUUGGAAGGAAUAGACGGCAGGAUCUGUUAUUUUCAUUGUUUGGAGUCUAAUAGGGAACUGUCUUUUUGCAGCACUGUUUGUAAAUGUUUCACUUUGAUUUUUAAAGAUGAACUCGCACUCUUUAUUUGGACAAAAAAAUAUAUAUAUAAUGCAAUCGCAACAGUCUCUCGUUUUGGUAUCUUUCUUUUCAUUAUUGUUCAAAACUCGGCUGCUUUUCCAGCACUCAUAAUGUGAAAGACCCCAUUGUGUGGACGGAGAAAGACGUUAGGCCCGGACUGGAUCACACAGGAAAGGAUUUGGGCCUAGCUGGAGUUACAGGCAGUAUUGUGCCUCCCUGUGAGUCUGAUAUGUGACCAGCAGAGGACGCCAUUUUACCACGGAUGGUUUCCUUUUGCCUGCUGUUAAAUCUGAGGCGUCCGGUAUGGAAGCCCAAAGAGGGCUGGACUUUCACCUUCUCACAGCCAGCAAACGGUAAAUAACAAAACACCUGAAUGGAUCAACCUCAUCAACACUUUCACAGAUAUUCAAGGAAAACUGGACAUGCAUAUCAUCACACCAGCAAAUAAAAACACCGUUUAUGACCCACUCACAGGGCCGGACAACCCCCAAAAUCUCAUCAGUGCUAUUCUUUAUGUUGAGCCUCUUGAAAGCAUUUCUUUAAAAAAAAAAUCUUUGGUGGAAUUUGUGCUGUGAUUAGCAAUCAGUAAAGUGCAAUCUUAAAGGAUAAAUAUACUUUCAGUAUGUUUUGUUUAUUGAAUUUUUUUAAAUGCCUGCUUAUUGCUUAUGUUUGACUCAGAAAAAUACAACCCCUCAUGUACAGUGAACUUUGAAACAAUCAGAGGAGAUUUCCAGUAUGUGAAGAAAAAAAUAGAGGCACCUUACAGACUCAUGCUUUCACUCUGUCCCUUUUUUUAUUUUUUAUUAUUAUUCAGCUCUGUUUUCUUAGCUGGGUUUGACAGUGAGAGGAACUCGCGUUGUGGUUUUUGCACAGCCGCACUUGACCAUAAGCUGAAACUGACAGUGUUACAGGGAUAGUGUGCUACCUGAUGUUCAAUACAGAAGAGCAAUACAUACUGAACAAAGUGACGGGAAGGAACGCCAGCCUUCUCUUUGUUCUGUUUGCUGAUGUCAAUAUCGGAGGAGUUUUAGCCGGGGCUGACUCCUCACUCUGUACCACGACUCCCUCGUGUUUGAUUGGUUCGUAGCUCCAGCACAAGGCUCUAAUCAGAUGUGUGUCAGUUAGUGAGUUACAUUUUUAUUUUGUUUGUCUCAAAUACAGAAAGUCACUUGAAAUGUUUUCACCUCAGACCAGAUAUAUGUUACCUGAUUUACCUGAGAUUUGGCUAUAGUAAAUGCUAAAAAAAAAAAAAAUGGAGAAUUUGCAUGGGGGGUGUAGAUUUUAGGGAGGGGGCAGGGGACAACCCCCCCCCCCCCCCCCCCAUCCACCCUUAACCCCCAUCAAAACAUGAAAGUAGCUGAGGACUUUUAUUUUGACCAAGUUUAAGAUAUUUGCACCAUAAAUUCAUACAAAAAAGGCACAAAUUGGUGCAAAAAAUCUGAUCUUUUGAAGUUGCAUGGAGAGUUUUGGAAAAACUUGCACAAAUCUUUAUUAUUAUGACUAUAAAAAUUUACUUUUUAAUUACAUUUUCUGAUUAAGGUUAAGUGGUGUUUUCUGAGACAUUUCUGCCAAUAACUGUCUCAAAAAUGUAGUCUUUGUGUAUGUAUUUUUAAGUAUGUACUUGUGUGUAUGCAUAUGCAAGUGCAUAUGUUUCAUUUAACCAUUUUGGGGGGAAACAAAUGAAGGAAAGGGUUUGGGGUCCUCCGCCAGAAAAAAAAAAAAAAAAAAAUCAUACUCUUAAAGAGAUAGUUCAGAUCUUUUGAAAUUGAGUUUUAUGAGCUACUUAUCUGUAGUCUGCAUAUUACACACAGUGGAUGUUAACUCGCAUACCCUCAGUUUGGAGAGGCAGGCAUCUCUACCACCACAGAAGCUAAACAAUGCACUGCUGUGGAUGGAGAAAGUAACAAAACCAACAUAAGCCACCUAAAAAAUCCCACUCAAACAUGUUGAUAAGUGUUUUAGUUAGCAGUUUCAAUUAGCUGAAAUUCCCUAUUUAUGCUAUUUAUUGCUGCCUCGAUUAGUUAGUGUGACUUUAGUGAGUCCAAACUAACACUUUGAAACAUUUUGCUGCUUCCUGUGCCACAGCAGUAAACCAUGUAGCUUCUGUGUCUUGCCUGCUUCUCCAAAUAGGUAGUGUGCAAAUUGAAUACUACUGUAUGUAAGACACUGAUUAUAAAUUAAUACCUCAUACAGCCACACUUCAAAAGAUCUGAACUAUCUCUUUAAGCAUUUGAUGCUCAAAACUUUCUUGCAGCAGACCCACAAACCCCAAGUUUCAGUGUUAAAAUGAAACACAUGCCCUUGCAGAUGCAUACAAACAAAGUAGAUAUAAAAAAUGUACACACAUCUACAUAGAUGAAUACAUUAUGUAUAUAAAGAAAGACUGCAUUUUUGAUGCAUUUAUUGGCAGAAAUAUCAUAGAGAACAUCACUUAACCUUAAUCAGAAAAUUUAAUUAAAAAGUACAUUUUUAUAGUCAUAAUAACAAGACAUUUUUGCAAGCAUUUCCAACACUCUCCAUGCUGUCUGAGACCUGCAGACAUAAACUCAGAGCAUCAGGUCAUCCCAUAUUAUUUGAUAGUGCUGCUAAAUGCAUUUAUUGGACUGAAGCCAGUAAAAAGAAAUGGCAACCUUUUUGAUAGCAGCACCUUGAAACACCACACUCAUAUGCACACACCUGCACACUUUACAUUGAACAUCCUCCCCCUUAGUAAAGUAGCCAAAUCCAGGAAGUCGUUUCCACACAUGCACCCAACGUAUGUGACACCCCUUUGAUUUUGUAACAGAGAUGGUAAUGUACGUUAUCAUUAUUUAUGCAUAUUGUUUGCGCACAUGUCAUUAUGCCCAGUUGUAUUAUCAUUUUUGGCAAAAAAAGCAUAUCAGCACCUUGUUUGUUUGUUAGUAUGAUUUUCAAAAUUAUUUUAUUUCAGAUGUCAAUUUAUAAACAAAUAAUCAUCAUCCUAUUUUAUCCUCCAUAUAAUGUAUAAGAACAUUUUAUUAUUGAGGGGCACUUCAUCUUUGCAUAUAACUCUUUUUUCUUCUGUACAAAGGAUCUUUUGAAAUGUUGUAAUAUAUGUGAUAGUGAAGAUAAAAACUUAUUACAAAGUUCUACAGCCUGUAUAUACAUUGGAAAAAUAGGGCUUUUGAUUAGUAGAUGCAGAAAAUACAUUUAUACAUGUAAAGUCUUUUUUCAGAGACUGUAAUUUAUCUAAUUUGAUAUACAGUGAAAUGGGGCUAAUGGUAUCCAUCAUGUAAAUUAUCAUAUGUGACGUUAUAGAACAGUUUUCUUUGGUUUGUGGUUUAAAUAAGUUCAUGAUCAAAUCACUUAUAUUUCCAAGGCUGAACCAGUGUUUGCUAUGAUUAACAAAUUAUUUAUAUGCCGUAUCAAGGUACUCAAUUCCCUGUGUUGCUAUUUUGCUACCCGAACAAGAAAUUAUAUCAAUCAAGCACAUAUCAACAACCAGCCCGUUCUCUUUUCAAAUUUGUCAAAUAUUGCUGCUUGGUCAGUUAUUUCUGCAUUAGAAUAAGCCAUCUUUUCCUACUGGUAUUAUACGCUGGUGGGCGCAUCAGUUAAUAACGCCAUGAGGCACCUUUUGCGGCAGUAAGACACACCACCAGUCAGUCAGGCAACCCCUGACAUGCCAGUAUGAUAUGCUGGUGGUUGCUGUUGUUUUAUAACUUGGUCGGACAGAACCUGUCACAGCGGUAUGAUACCCCGCUGGACGGUGGUAUGCAGUUCCCUGUGUGUACUUUGCCACCCAGACAGGAAUUAUAUUGAUCAAGCAUAUAUCAACAAUCAACUGCUGCUUGGUCAAUGAAUUUGGUGUUAGACGCUAACACCAGAAGCUUCCUUUCAUGGCAGUAUGAUAUGCCACUGGGCAACAUCAGUUUAUAACAUGGCUGGAUGGCACGUUUUGUGGCAAUAUGCUAUGCCGACAGGCGCUGUCAGUUUAUAUCGUGACCAGACGGCACCUUUCACAGCAAUAUGAUACGCUGGUGGCUGUCAUCGGUGUAUAACGUGAUUGAAUGGCACCUUUAGUGGCAGUAUGAUACGCCAGUGGCAGCUGUCACUUAAUAAAGUGGCCAAACAGAACCUGUAUUAGCAGUAGCCUGUGAUAUGCUGCUGGGCAGCGUCAAUUAUAAACCUUGCCAGUAACAACGUAAUAUAAGGAUCUGGAAAGUCCCUACAGGGCAGGAGUGCGACAAACCCUGGACUUUCAUCUGCAAGCCCGCUGUUCUAUUCCCGUAUGAAUAUUGAGCCGAACCAUGAUGUUUUUCUUAACUAACCAUGGGUUUUUGUUACUUAAACCUAACCUUGUGCUUGUACGUAAAUACAAGGUGUUGUACUGUUUUUGUAAGACUGUGUGCAUCUAACAAGCAGAAACUCUAUAUUUCCUGUGAAAACAGAAGUGUAGGACAUGCCGUCCCAGAACGUUAACAACAAAAACAAGAGGAUACCUUGCGUGUCAUAUGUAGACAUGAACGGCACUGACUAAGCUGCGUUAUUUGAUGAGUUGGGAUGAUAAUGUGCUGCAACAACACAUGUAUUCUGUAAUUUUGCAUGCCUUAAUACACCAGUUUUUGCUCAAUUCAACUGAAUAUGGUGUCUCCACAGGACAGGGUGUAUUAUAUUUCCCUUCUCUCUCCUCAUUUUAAAGCAUAAUUUUGUAACGGUAACCAGGGUCAAAGUUAUGCAAUAAUAAUAAAUAGUGCCUCAUAUUGCAAAACUUGUAAUAUCAACUGCUCUCUGCAGAGUUUGGAUUUGUGUGCUCAAAUUAAUAGAUAUCCACCAUAAAUUUUUGACAGAAAAAAAGCACAGAUGACAUUAUGCAAGUUGGACCUUUAAUGUUUCUUUUCGCACUGAGCCUUAUGCCAUCGUACGCAGCAUCCUCCCAUAACACUUUCCCAGGCUGUUUAUAGCUCGCGUUAUUACUUUGCUUGCAAUAAGUCACUUCCUCUACGGGGAGCAAAAACUGAGUUACAAAGGCCUCUUGAUGUUUCAGCUUCAUCACAUGAAUUCAACACGAAUGAUAAUGAGGAAUCUUGUGGCUGGCACUCUGGCUGUAGAGCGACGCCUUUGUUAAUGAAUCUUCUCUCUAUCAGUUCAGUAUCUAUUUUACUUUCUGUGUAACAUCUGCUUUUGAUUUCCUGGUUUUGAAAAAUUUUAAGUAGUGAAGCCAAUUGUUUCGAGUUUGCUGAUAUUACGUACAGUAAUCGUUGUUCCUGUAUUUAUGUAAAGUGAGUGUAGUGUAAAUAUAUUCAGAUCUUUUCAUUCUUACCGUUGAAAAAAAAUAAUUGUGAUAUUGCUCAGCUUCAAAAGGGAGAUUCUGCUCAAGGAAUUCCACAUCUGUAAAAGAAAUUUUUAAUCCUGAUAUUUUUCAAAACUUCAAGAACAGGUGUCCUUUUUUUUCUGUUACGCUUUUCUUUUUCUUCCAAGAGUUGUUUAAGUAUCCAGUCAGUGUUUUGCCUUUUUCUCUGUAUUUUUCAUAUGGAUGGAGCUGUGAAAUUAAAAUAAGUUCAAACAUAUACAUGUAUAUUAAUAUGAAUGGAGGCAUGAAGGUUAAUAAAGUUGCAUUUUGUAUGUAACACA